GCUCACCUACCUGCGAACACGCAGUCGCACCAUUAUUGGGCCCCAACUCUGUCGCCCAGGCAUCUAUCUUUCGGCGAGGCAAUCUGCGAACCAGGUUACGUUAUCUUCAAGGUCUGCUGCAGAGAGUCAUAGGCUGGAACAUGACGGCUCAACGAAGACCCCGGUUUCGCAAGGUCCAGAGCUUCCGCACCGACUAUGCUCCCACAACCAUCACCCAGUAUGAGUCGGAGCGGAGCGGCAUGCAGGUCAUCGUGGCCGACCGCAAGGGGCCCAAGAUCAACGGCUACUUCACCCUGGCCACCGAGAUCUUUGAUGACUCGGGAGCCCCCCACACCCUCGAGCAUCUCAUCUUCAUGGGCUCAAAGAGCUACCAUUACAAGGGCCUGCUCGACAAGCUGGCCGGCCGUGCCUAUUCCAAUACCAACGCCUGGACGGCUGUCGACCACACCGCGUACACCCUCGAGACGGCUGGCUGGGAGGGCUUCGCUCAGAUCUUGCCCGUCUAUCUCGAGCACGUCAUCGUCCCCAACAUUACCGAUGACGCCUGCGUGACCGAAGUCCACCACAUCGACGGCGAGGGCAACGACGCCGGCGUCGUCUACUCCGAGAUGCAGGCUGUUCAAUACCGCAGCAACGAGCUCAUGGAGCUGCGAGCCCGCCGGCUGCUCUAUCCCGAGAAUGUCGGCUUCCGGUACGAGACGGGCGGCAUGAUGGAAGCACUCAGGGUCUUGACCCCGCAACGGAUCCGCGAAUUCCACAAGGCCAUGUAUCAGCCUCAGAACCUAGCCAUCAUCAUCAUCGGCGAGGCCGACCACGCCGACCUCUUGAGGAUCUUGGACGAUUUCGAGGAGAGCAUCAAGGACGACAUCCCGCCUCCCGACCCCCACUUCAAGCGUCCCUUUGUGGACUCCGCCCAGCCCCCGCCCCUGGAGGAGACCAUUGUCGAGACGGUUGAGUUCCCCGAAGAGGACGAGUCGACUGGCGAGAUCCUCGUGGCAUUCUUCGGACCGAGCUGUAUCGACCAGGUUCAAGGGACGGCCAUGAACAUUAUCCUGACGUACCUCUGCGGAUCGUCCGUGUCGGUGAUUGAGAACGUCAUGGUCGAGAAGGAGCAACUCGCCAGCUCGAUAUCCUACGGGUGGGAUAGCAGGCCGAACUCGGUCAUCUGGUUCCAGCCCACCAGCGUUGCCACCGAGAAGCUUGCCUUUGUCGAGCAGCGCCUCAUCUCCCUCCUCAGGGAGGUCGCGUCCAAACCUCUCGACAUGGGCUACAUCAAGGAGUGCCUGCAGCGGGAAAAACGGCUGGUGAAGCUCCAGGCCGAGAGCUCCGAGGGCUUCUAUGCUACCAACAUCAUCACCGACUACCUCUUUGGGGAGCGCAGCGGUGCCACGCUGAAGGACCUGGAGACCCUGAGAGAGUACGACGUCCUCGAUGGCUGGACCGAAGAGCAGUGGAGGUCCUUCCUGAAGAAAUGGAUCUCGGACGCCCACCACAUCUCCAUCCUGGGGAAGCCGUCCAUGGAGCUUGCCAACACGCUCAAGGCGAACGACGAGGCGCGGCUGGCCAAGAGGAGGGAGGACCUUGGCAAGGAGGGUCUCCUGAAGCUGGCCGAGAGGCUCGAGAAGGCAAAGAAGAACAACGACAGGCCGAUCCCGCCCGAUGUGCUGGACCAGUGGCCUGUGCCCGGUACCUCUUCCAUCCACUUCAUCGAGUCCGCAACCGCGAGGUCGGGCAAGGCCCGGAGCCUGGGUGUUUCGGACAACGCUGCGCAGAGGGUCAUCGAUGCAGCACCCCAGGCCGGCCUGCCCCUGUUCGUGCAGUUCGAGGACGUCCCGACAAACUUUGUGCAUCUCACCGUCCACCUCGGCAUGUCGCAGACGCCCAUCAAGUACAAACCACUCAUGCCUCUGUUCGCCGACAUCUUCUUCAACUCCCCGGUGACGAGGCACGGGCAGCGCCUGGAAUUCGAGGAAGUGGUGAAGCGGCUCGAGAGGGAUACCAUCAGCUACCACAUCACCUCGUCUUCCCGGCUGGGCGACUACGAGGGCGUGGCGAUCCAGUUCCAGAUGGACCGGGAGAAAUAUGCGACCAUCAUCGGCUGGCUGCGGACCCUGAUGUUCGACCUCAUCCUCGACCCGGUCAGGGUGAAGGCGGCGGUCGUCAAGGCGCUCGCAGACGUCCCGGAAGCGAAGCGGGACGGACGGACCAUGGCCCAAGAAGUGGACAUGGCCAUCCAUCUCAAGCCCGAGUCCUACCUUGCCGCAAAGCGGACCCUGGUGAAGGCCGUGUAUCUGCGCCGCCUGAAGAAGCUCCUCGAGAGAGAGCCCGACACGGUGCUGUCCUGGUUCGACGAACUCCGCAAGAGCCUCUUCACCUUCGACAACAUGCGCGUCCUCGUGACCUCGAACGUCGCCAAGCUGGACAACCCCGUCGCGGCAUGGGACUCCCUCACCCGAGACAACCCCGGCUUCGGCGGCGCCAAGGACAUCCUCCCCCUUACCAAGCCCUACUCCAUGCUCAGCGCCGAGGGCCGAUCCCCGGGCUCCUUCGGCGCCGUUGUCAUCCCCAUGACGACCCUCAAGAGCUCCUACAGCGUCAGCACCGCCACGGGCCUGAAGAGCUACUCAGACCCGCGCCUGCCCGCCUACCUCGUCGCCUUGGGCUAUCUCGAGGCGGUCGAGGGGCCGCUUUGGAACGCGGUCCGCGGCAACGGGCUCGCCUACGGCGUCUCCUUCUCCCGCGAGAUCGACGGCGGCUACGUCCAGUUCAAGGUGUACCGGUCGCCCGACGCGAGCAAGGCGAUCGCGGCCAGCCGCGCCACCGUCGCACGGCUGGCCUCGGCCGAGGUCCCGCUCGACCGGCACCUAGUCGAGGCCGCCGUCAGCGGCGUCGUCUUUGGCGUCGCCGACGAGCAGGCCACCAUGGAAGCCGCCGCCCAGCAGAACUACGUCGUCGGCGUCGUCAGGGGCCUGGAGCACGACUGGUACCGCGACAUCCUGGCCCGCGUGCGCGAGGUCACCGAGGACGAGAUCCGCGCGGUCAUGAGGGACGUCCUCUUGCCUGUCUUUGAGCCCGGCAAGAGCAAUGUCGUGGUGACGUGCGCGCCGGUCAUGGAGGAGACUAUUGCCAAAGCUCUCGGCACUGCUGGGUAUAAGACGCAGGUGCAGACCCUCUCGCAUUUCUAUGACGAUUAUGGGUUGAAAGGGGACGAAGAUGGAGAGGGGGAGGAGGAAGAGGAGGAUGAGGACGAGGAUGACGAUGAGAACGACGAGGAUGGAAUGGAUGAGGACUCUAAUUUCGACGAGGAUUCGGAGUAGAGGUGAGUAGCUGCGUGAUCGCUCUCUGUUUCGGGCACGCCAUAGCAUAGACAGGGGCAUAGAAAUUCUGGCGACCGCAUCCUAGGUCUAAGCGUAGCUCAGUCUUAUUACUUCCCCUUCCUUUUCCUAUCCGACUGGCGCCGGCGUUCGCUACGCUCGCCGAGCACUGGAACCAGAACCAACCCUGCCGCUCUAUUUUUUCAACGACUAAGAUACCCGCUGUCCCCUUUCCUGUUGCGCACCUAGCUAUCCCAUCGCUUCAACCUUCCCCCCCUCCUUCCC